UUGCCUCUAUAUAUACACACAUAUCUUUGGACAUAGUUUUAUUCUCAAGUUUCAGACAGCAAAACCAAAGCUAAAUCAUUUGUCACUACUCAUAUUCCUCUCUAUCAUUCUCUCUGUGUUCUCCGACACCUUUCGAUUUUCUCUAUCUAGCUAACCAUGUCGAGGAUACAUCCGGCCGCGUCGUUGAAAGAAAGGUUUCAUCAUCAGGUGGAAGAUGUUCAUGUGCCUCCGUCUGUGCUCACCGUGUGGAAGAGAUCCAGCAUGAGUUUCCAGGGAACUGAUGGAUUUACAGUGUUUGACGAUCGUGGAAUUCUAACUUUUCGAGUAGACAAUUAUUCCAGGAAGAACUGUUGCGUUAGAGGAGGACUUGUACUCAUGGAUGGAGCUGGAAGAGCCUUGCUGACCCUCAAACCCCAGAUGUUGAGCUUGCAAGAUCAAUGGAAUGCAUAUAGAGGAGAAGAUGGAUGUGGAAAGAACCCUAAAUCCAGCAGAGUGUUCACCAUGAAAAGUGGAUCAAAUCUUUUUGGCAGCAGAAAUAAAAGUACACCAGCUGAGGUGUUCAUGGGAGGAUCCACGAGCUCGAAUAGUGCACCAGAUUUCAUAGUUGAAGGUUGUUUUGGGAGAAGAAACUGCAAAAUUCUAGAUUGCAGUGGAGAACUUGUGGCCACUGUGUCCAGAAAACGAGUAAAUAAUUCAGUCUUGCUAGAAAACGACGUGUUCAGCUUGGUCGUGCAACCUGGAUUUGAUCUUGAAUUAAUUAUGGGUUUUGUAAUUAUUUUGGAUCGGAUUUGUGGGAAGACAUUUACCCCGAUCUUGUGUUCUUGAUUUACCUUGUGAUGUACAAAAAUAAUCCCAUAUAAAACAGGAUACUUUUGUACCCCACUGGAUCUCAUAUUUUGUAGAGGAGCCAUCACUCCCAUUUUCUUGUUACUAAGUAAACCAAGAGUUUGCAAUUCUGGAUUAAACCAGUUGGCCAUGACAUUGUGCUUGUCGGUUUGUUCAAAUCACAAUUUUUGUAAAUUAUGUACAUACUUUAGAUCGUCGUUCUCUUUGAGACGCGUCAUGUGAGCGGCAAGUGAUAUGUACGUGUGAGAGAAUAUACGUAUACUACCGCCUUGCCCAAGCCGAAACUUUUCGGUGUAUUUAUCCCAAAGGGCAAAGGAUAGCCAUACACAACUGUUUGUUGAUCGACUUAUACAGGAUGCACAUGGCAUGUUAUGGAACAGCUGGUUGUUCCAGCGCCACACAUGUUACUAACAAUGCCAAACAUGUCUAUACAGGACAAGUUUUCGACAACGAAAAGAAGUAAACCAAACUCGGAGAGAUUACCUCGUAACUUGAUGUCUAAAGAUUAUUCCUUUUUUGGGAAAGAUAUGGCACAGAAGGAAAAUCAAACUAGUUUUUCUCAAGUUCUAGAGGUUGUGGAUUGAAUCCGAAAAUAUCGAUCUAUACAACAAAAAUAUUGCUGCAUGACAAGACUCGGGAAUCGCAUGUGAUAAUAGGAUCUGUGAAAAACAUCAUGUGAAUGUACCAAAACUCAGCUGUGUCAUCUGUGAAGUUAGUACUACUUGGUGAAAGUACCAAAAUAACAGGUACACCCAACGGCUAGCCAUGUAUUGGCCUCAGAGAUCUACGUCUAUCAGUCACCGGAAACAUAA